GUCAAUGAAACGUUUAAAAUACGCCGAUUAGAACACCGCAAUCGUCUCUUAUAUUUUCCUCUUUUUGGAGGAGAAGACCCUGGAGUUUUUCUCAUGGCCUACGUCGAGGGAGGUGUUUUGAAAUCAAAGCGUUCAAUAUGGCGACUGAGAACUAUCACUGAUUUUUUCUGGGCAAUUAUCAAUUUCAUCGGAGUGUUCUUCUCGACCAUGUUCUCGAUGGAAAAGUCCGAUGCCUACAGAAAAGGCUUUGGUUCAAGCAAGAAAUGGGAUGAUGGUCCAGGAGGACCUGGAAGUGGACCAUAUGGUGGAGGUGGUGGCCCACGACGACCACCACGGGGAAUGGACAAUGUUCGGGGAAUUGACCAUAGUUCCCUUCCUGCCUGUGGCUCCUGCUGCGGUGGCUAAAUGCUGCAAGCAUACAUCUUGUGCAUGUACACUGUUAUAUAGCUAAAGUCCUCUUAUUAUAAGUAAGGAUGUUCCACAUGUUUUUAAUGUCAAUAGAUUGCCUGUGAAACAGGCAACUUUGAACCUCUAUAAAACCAGAGAUGCUUUUAUGUACUUUCAAACUUUUGCUAAAUGGUGGGCUGAUACUGCUCUGUUUCUACAA